CGUCUGAGCAGUGAGAUUUAUCGAGUGCGUGCCAAAAAUUGCGUGCGGCUUCCAUGCGUUCAAUGCGUUCCAAUUUGCAUAAUCGUUGAGCCGCCCCAAGACGAUAGCGACCGAUACGAUAUCAUCAGGAAAGGCCGGAAAGAGAGCAGCAGCAGCGGAAGCGGACUCCCAGUGAGCCUGGGGAUUUGACGCUGGGGAUUCUUUGAAGUGGAGCCGCAGCAGCGAGCGGAAGGCCGCCACAUUGGAAGGAAAACGACUUUUCACGGCAGUUAAUAAAUUUUUAACUGGUUCAACAAUUGCCCGCGAAUUCCGCCAGCUAAUGACGAGAAACGCGGCCGUCAGUGGCGACGAACCUGACGAGGAGCAGACUUCCGCAGGUGGCACCCCAGACCAGCCUCUGGAUGGGGCUCUGGCCGGGGCGGAAGCGGAGGAGGCGGCAGAGGCGGAGGCUGUGCCACAGGCUGGUGAUGGGGAUACUCCACAGCGACGUCAGAGGCCACGCAGGAAAGAACCACAAAGAAGUGCUGCCAUUGGCCCCUUGGAUGGCGACACGGACUCCAGCUCCUGUGACGGAGUGGGCGUGGGCUCUGGCUCGAGGAGGCAGCGUGUCAGCUACGCGCAAAGGAAUCUUCUCGAGCAGGAGGAGGAGGAUGCUGAGGACGGUGAAGACGGCGAGGAUUAUGACUACGAUGAGGAGGAAGAGGAGGAGGAGGACUACGACGACUACGAGCAGUCAUCCAGGCCCCGCCAGGUGGCUCGCCCCCGCCCGGUGCUGACCAUUGGCGGAGGUCCACGGAGCAAGCGCAAAACGAAAGUCCGUCAGUUCUCGCAGCGCUCCAGCUCCUACGCCCCGGACUCGGGGCACGCCGACCCGGAUGGCCACGAUGGCGAGGGCGAUGGCGAUAGCGAGAACCAGGACAAGCGUCGCUGUAUCUCCAAGGGGCAAAUGCGCGAGUUUCGAGAGGCCUUCCGUCUCUUCGACAAGGACGGCGAUGGCUGCAUCACCAAGGAGGAACUGGGCACCGUGAUGCGCUCUUUGGGACAAUUUGCCCGCGUCGAGGAGCUACAGGAGAUGCUCCAGGAGAUCGAUGUGGAUGGCGAUGGCAACGUGAGCUUCGAGGAGUUUGUCGACAUCCUCUCGAACAUGACGUACGAGGACAAGUCGGGCCUAUCUUCGGCCGACCAGGAGGAGCGGGAGCUGCGCGAUGCCUUCCGUGUUUUUGAUAAACACAAUCGCGGCUACAUCACCGCCUCCGAUCUGCGGGCGGUGCUGCAGUGUCUAGGCGAGGACCUCGACGAGGAGGACAUUGAGGACAUGAUCAAGGAGGUUGACGUGGAUGGCGAUGGACGCAUCGAUUUCUAUGAGUUUGUCCAUGCCCUGGGAGAGCCGGAGGACUCGCAGGAGAACGACGACGAGGAGGAGAACACCACAUCGCCGCUGCCCACGCCCAAGUCGGCCAUUUCCCUCAGCUACGAUUGAGCAGGUGCUGGGGGCUGUGGGCAGCGGGCAGUGCCACGAUUGAGUACGAUUGAGGAGUGAGGAAAAUUAUGUUGGGGGCGGGAUGGUCAUCCAUUAUUUAUGGUAUUUAUGGGCCCAUCGAUAGACAGUCUGCAGUGGAAGCAAUAAAUAAUUGAUGGCCAAGAAGUGGUGGGCCUUGACUCGAUGACUCGAUGACUCCUUGAUGACGAUGACAAUGACUCGUCUGCAGUUCAGCUUGAUCGAUUACUCAUCAUAUAUUAAUGGUAUAUUGAUCGUCAUUUAAAUACUCAAACGAUAACUUAUUGACUCGUCGCUGCAAUAAUUAAAUACUCAUCGAUUACGUAUGGUAAUAAGGCGAGUCUCAAGAGAUAAAAAAUCGAAUAACCAAUAUUACCAACUCUAGGCAAGUCUCAUUCAUUCUUUCAUUCAUUCGAAUUCAAAUUGCCGGAAUGCACAGCUAAUCAAAUUACGAAUCAAAUCGAUAAUU